AUGGCGACAGAAGGAACUACGGACUUUGAUCCCACCACCGAAGAAGGUCAAGUUGACAUUAACGAUGAAGAAUAUGAAACCCUGCUUCCUGAUGACAACGUAGACAAACAAGGCCUCUUCGACAAGCUAACACGCAAGUAUGGUAGGAGGGCCCGCGAUGCUAUGCGUUCCUUAAGAGAUAAAUUCAAGUCUAAGAACCCCCACACGCCCAUUCCAGAAUACUUACAAAUGGAAUCCCUUGGCGUGCGGUCGGACUUAACAGCGGACCUCAUCAAGGACCUAAGAGAGCGAUACCCAAGCCUAAACCUGGCUCCUUUGGACUUCCAAAUAGGAGACAAAGGGCAGGUUCAAGUUAGAGAAUCGGGUAGGAAAAAAUGGCACAACCUGUAUCAAAGGAAGAAUUCCCACCUGCUUAACAACCAGCUUCCAAAAGGAGUCACAAAUGCGCUGGGAACGCCCAACUUGACGAUGCUAAGCACUUCGACUCAAAAGGAAACAGAAGUUGCUCAAAGGGCCUUUAUUAGAGGUGUUUCGAGGCCUGGCUACAAAGUUGCCCUCAGAUCCGCAAUCAGACUGCAAGAGGAGUGCAAGGAAAAACUUAACCAAUUAGAGGUCGUCGAAGAGGAAAAAAGCAAACAACUUGAAGAACUUCCCUCAAAUAGCGACGCGACCGGAGGCUUAAUGAGUCACUUGCGGAGAAUAAGUGCUGAAAAGGAAGCACUUAAGAAGGAAAUACAGGAAAAUAACAUAACCAUCGAUGACCUUACGCGACAACUUGAUGCGGUAACCAAAGAUGAGGGUGGCAUCACUAAGCUCCUUGAUGAUUUUAAGGAGGAUAACAUAGCAUUACAAAGUAGAAUAGAAGAAUUGGAAGAGGAAUUCAUUAAACAAAAUAGACUAACUACUGCGAGUCAUACCGCCGAAAUUGCAGACUUUAAAGCUAGGCUCUCUAAGCUGUUGGAAGAAAAAAGCAGUGUAAGAAAUCAGCUAAAGAUUGCGGUAAAUGAAGCGGCGGGGAAAGACGUAGAACUACAGCGCUUAGGAAAAGAAUUAAUGGAGUCUGUUGACAGAGAAAGGCAAGUAAUGGUGGACAAGGCAGUGGCGGGGGAACAAAUACGGCAACUUCAACAGGCCGUCGAAGACUUGGAGUACGAAAUAGAUCGACAGCGAGUAAUAAUCGAAGAUCAAACUCGCCCUGAAGAAGAAAGGGAGGCAGCCAAAAGGGAAAUAGAGGCUCUUCAGGAAAGACUGGUGGAAUUACAAACGCAAAUAGAAGGUAAGGAAAAGGAGCUGGGGCUUACCACCAAGGAAAAGGUAAAAAGAGCCCUUUUGAAGUAUGGUAUUCCGCUGGCAUUUGCGGUCGCUAUUUCAAGCGUAGUAGGCGUGAUCUUGUCCGCACUUAAGGCUACAGGCGCGGGCGUAAAGAAAUUAGGCAGUGGACUAACGGACUUGGGAAAAAAGAUGGCAGCCGGCUUGCCUGGGCUGCUGGGUUCGGUUGUUUCCUUGGCACUUAGGGCCGGCGGCGAACUGUUAAAGUUCGUGGGGAAUAACAUUUGGAUAUUAGUCGUCGCUAUUGGAGUGGUACUCCUGAAGAAGAUGAAGAGUUAAUCUUAUCCUUGUGUAUUAUGUCGGGCUUAUCGUCGUCGGGCGCCCGAGGCAUCCUCGACUGGGGAUAAGUAAAGAUAGUAUUCGCACCGCCUUGAUAAUGCGGAACUAGUGGUAUAGCGGUCAUAGUACUAAUGGUCUUAUGAUGCCAGGUCCUGUUGGGGGUGUGAGCGUAUCCGUCCGUGCUAUUUAUGAAAGCAUAAUAACCAAGAUUGCUASYACCGUCAGGGUAAAUCUGUAACUUAGCAUACUUACAAUUGACUACCAUUUGAAACGUAGCCAUAUAAAACGCCUCACUACUAAAUGGAUAUGGCUGCGCCGAGAAAUGAGUAGGACUUCGAUUGUUGGUCGAUGCCCUAUAAGGGGCUAAAGGCUCAUCGUUCUCGU